UCCACCUGUGUUCAGCUCAGCUACAGAACCGAGCACAUGAGGACAAUCAGCUCACGGAAAGCAGCUGCCGGACACACGCAGUUCAUGAGGAAAGCCAACAUCUUGGUGUCGUUCCUGGUGGAUGUGGCUCUCGGCGUGUUGCUCAUGUGGUGGCUCUACAGAGACAAUCACAUCAGCAUGUUAGCCAACACACUGGUGCCUGCAGCGGAUCAUGUGGCUAAAGAGCUGGAGGAGCUGCUGCAGUGGCUGAUGGGAGCUCCUGCAGGGCUGAAGAUGAACCGGGCCCUGGACCAGGUCCUAGGCCGCUUCUUUCUCUACCACAUUCACCUCUGGAUCAGCUACAUCCACCUGAUGUCUCCCUUCAUCGAGGGGAUCCUGUGGUACGGAGGCCUGUCAGCCUGCUUCGGCCUGACCUUUGCUCUCUCGCUGCUCUCUGACAUGGUCGCCCUGCUCACCUUCCACAUCUACUGCUUCUACGUAUACGGAGCAAGGUUGUACUGUCUGAAGAUCUACGGCCUCUCGUCUCUCUGGAGGCUCUUCAGAGGGAAGAAGUGGAACGUCCUGCGACAGAGGGUGGACUCCUGCUCCUAUGACCUAGACCAACUCUUCAUCGGGACGCUGUUGUUCACCAUCCUGCUGUUCCUGCUGCCCACUACAGCGCUCUACUACCUGGUCUUCACUCUGUUGCGGCUGGUGGUGGUGCUGUUCCAGGGCGUCCUCCAUCUCAGUGUUGACUUCAUUAACUCCUUCCCUCUGUUUGCUGUGGGCCUCCGCGUCACCCGCUCCUACAGACUGGCAGAGGGCGUAAAGUUCAGGGUGCUGUGUGAGGAGCCGGGGACGGCCCUGCACCUUCUAAUGGAGAUUAACCCUCUGAAGUGCAGCACGGUGGUCCAGACUUACCGCACUCCAACGUACAGCUGUUACCCCAAAGACUCAUGGGCUGCCCUGGUCAAAAAACUGUUCGUUGGUGAGCUGAUUUACCCCUGGAGACACAAAACCACCAAGACCGACUGAGAGACAUCAACCAGAGAUGUAAGAGAGUAAGAGAGAUUAAAAAAAAAGGAGAGAUGAGGGAGCAAAGGAAAGGGAAGUGACUGAAUAAAUAAUGAGAUGGGAAACAAGGGUGAAAUCAGUACAAAGACCUUUGAGUUAUGUUACUUUUCCGUCAGAUGAGAAGAACGUCACAAAAAGCUGAAGCUGCCAGGUUGUCACUCUUUUUAUUGUGCCAGCUUUAAGAAGAACAAAAAUUUGUUAAUGUUUGAGUGCGACGAACAUGUCAGUGUCAGUCACAGACCUGAACACCAGCAUAUCGUCACAUCCUGCU